AAAAUCAAUAGACAACCAACUCAAGCACCAAUCAAACAAAAAACAAAACAAAAAUUAUAAAAAAAAUAUAGUCCCUGUGUCCAUCAAUGAAGAAUAAAAAUAAAAGCAAAGGCAAAUGAAGCAACGAGCAAGUGACAACAAUAAAAAGAUAAACAACUUUUUCAAUUUGCAAAUACGCCCGGCUAAGCAAUAACAAACUCAAACGGUGCAAGUGAAUAAUCAACUAAUAAACAACAACUAUAACAUAAACUUAAGCAACAAAAACAUCAACCAUGUCCGAGAGCAGUGACAACAAUGGCGACCAGGCUCAGGCGGCUGCCAGCGGGGGAGCUGAUGGCGAAACGAAUGUUGGAGAGAACAAAAUGAAGUCGCGCCUACGUAAGGGAGCCUUAAAGAAGAAGAACGUCUUCAAUGUGAAGGAUCACUGCUUUAUUGCUCGCUUCUUCAAGCAGCCUACGUUCUGCUCACAUUGCAAGGAUUUCAUUUGGGGCUUUGGCAAGCAAGGAUUCCAGUGUCAAGUUUGCUCGUAUGUGGUGCACAAACGUUGCCAUGAGUACGUCACAUUCAUAUGCCCCGGCAAGGAUAAGGGCAUUGAUUCCGACUCACCAAAAACUCAACACCAUUUCGAACCAUUCACAUACGCAGGACCCACGUUCUGCGACCAUUGUGGUUCGCUCUUGUACGGCAUUUACCAUCAAGGUCUCAAAUGCUCAGCAUGUGACAUGAAUGUGCAUGCACGCUGCAAGGAGAACGUGCCAAGCUUAUGCGGUUGUGAUCACACCGAGCGUCGUGGACGUAUCUACCUAGAGAUAAAUGUCAAAGAGAAUCUUCUCACUGUGCAGAUUAAGGAGGGUCGGAAUCUCAUACCAAUGGAUCCAAAUGGUCUAAGCGAUCCGUACGUGAAAGUUAAACUCAUACCGGAUGACAAGGAUCAGUCGAAGAAGAAAACGCGCACCAUUAAGGCAUGCUUGAAUCCCAUUUGGAAUGAGACCAUAACUUAUGAUCUCAAGCCGGAGGAUAAAGAUCGCCGCAUACUCAUCGAGGUAUGGGACUGGGAUCGCACCUCGCGCAAUGAUUUCAUGGGCGCUCUUUCCUUUGGGAUAUCAGAGAUUAUCAAGAAUCCCACCAACGGUUGGUUUAAGUUGCUCACACAAGAUGAGGGCGAAUACUAUAAUGUUCCAUGUGCGGACGCGCAGCAAGAUUUGCUUAAGCUAAAGAGCCAAAUGCGAACAAAUACAAAAUCCUCACAAAAGAAGCCGCUUGUUAUGCGUAGCGAUACAAACUCACAAUCGCAAUCGAAAAAGGACUUGAUACGUGCCACAGAUUUUAAUUUUAUCAAAGUGCUUGGCAAGGGGUCUUUCGGCAAGGUUUUGUUGGCUGAGCGCAAGGGCAGCGAGGAAUUAUAUGCCAUUAAGAUACUCAAGAAGGAUGUGAUUAUACAGGAUGAUGACGUCGAGUGCACGAUGAUUGAAAAACGUGUCCUGGCGCUGGCCGAGAAGCCGCCGUUUUUAGUUCAGCUGCACUCAUGCUUUCAGACAAUGGACCGCUUGUUCUUUGUCAUGGAAUAUGUGAAUGGCGGAGACUUGAUGUUUCAAAUUCAACAGUUUGGGAAAUUCAAGGAGCCUGUCGCUGUUUUUUAUGCUGCCGAAAUUGCUGCUGGGCUGUUCUUUUUGCAUAGCAAGGGCAUUCUGUACCGAGACCUCAAGCUGGACAAUGUGCUGCUGGAUGCCGACGGACAUGUGAAGAUUGCCGACUUUGGCAUGUGCAAGGAAAACAUUGUGGGGGAUAAGACGACAAAAACAUUUUGCGGCACACCGGACUACAUCGCGCCGGAGAUAAUAUUGUACCAGCCAUAUGGCAAGAGCGUGGACUGGUGGGCCUAUGGUGUGCUACUAUAUGAAAUGCUGGUGGGCCAGCCACCCUUCGAUGGCGAGGAUGAGGAGGAGCUGUUUGCCGCUAUUACCGAUCAUAAUGUAUCCUAUCCGAAGAGUCUUAGCAAGGAGGCCAAGGAAGCAUGCAAGGGCUUUCUGACCAAACAGCCCAGCAAGCGCUUGGGCUGUGGCGCCUCCGGUGAAGAGGAUGUACGUCUGCAUCCAUUUUUCCGCCGCAUCGAUUGGGUGAAAAUCGAGAAUCGCGAAGUGCAGCCACCGUUCAAGCCGAAAAUCAAACAUCGCAAGGAUGUGUCCAAUUUCGAUAAGCAAUUCACAUCAGAGAAAACAGACUUGACGCCCACGGAUAAAGUAUUUAUGAUGAAUUUGGAUCAAACGGAAUUUGUUGGCUUCUCUUACAUGAAUACGGACUACGUUUUCAGCACAUAAGCGACAGAAGUGACGGUUGAGGGACUAAAAGAAGUUGCAACAGCACCAAAAUUCAUUGAGUUGUGUCAUCAGUUGAUAUUAAAUGUUAAUAUUUUGUUAAAUAUAUAUUUCUCAAUGCUUUAUGCAAUGCAAAAGACAUUUGUUAGCAUAAUAUUAGACAAUUUCUUUGAGAGCAAUAAUUUUGUUAUGUCUGUAUGCUCUGUGUAAACAUACAAAUACACAGACAAAAGUAAUUUAUUAUUGUUAUAUUUUAUUUAUAUACCUAUGUCUAAUGUUAUUUACCGACGUUUAUAUAAUAAUUAAGUUUAAAAUAGUUUUAUUUAUAUUGUAACAAUGAUCCAACCAACU